GAAGGCUAUUGAAAAUCUUCCGCCCAUAAAAAUAGGUCACAUAGUCAUAUUUUAUGUAAACAAAUACGCGGUGAAGUAUUAAUAAAAUUUAUGUGCGAAAGUCUCUCUUUUGAAGAUUCGUUUAAUUUAUUUAAAAUUAACCUAUGAGAGCAUUUUGACGUCAGCACAGUUAAAAAGACUUAUUUUGGUCUAAGUCGAAGUGUUAUUCCGCUUCCUUCAUAUGUAUUUAAAUGGCAUCAUGUACAUUUAUUGUUUUUAAUUUGUAAUUUAACAGAGUCGAGAGUGAGCUGUUGCAUUUGUGUGAGUCAUAUUUCAGAAAAUUUUAUGUAAACCGACUGAAAAUUGCGGGCUUUCCUCUGGAUUAGACAGAAAAGGGCGGCGACCUGACUCUUGUCUAGAUUGAUCUAUUUUUGCCUCAGCGGCGAUCCUCGUCUGCUUUCAUCAUCUGAAAAUUUAAGAACAAAUUUUUGGUGAAAAGAUCUGUUUUAUCUCUUUACAAAUAGCAUGCAUGUUUCCAGUUCGCAUGUAUUUUAUCGGAAACUGUACGAAGAUUAAUUGUAAAGAAGUGUUCAUUUUAUUUGUAUGAUCACAGACAGACUAUUGGAUUCGAUAUUUUUCGCGGAAUUUGAUUGUGUUGACAUUUAUAACUUUUAAUAUAUUUCCAUAAAUAUAAGAAGAUGGAAGCUAUUGCUAAACACGAUUUCAAUGCGACCGCUGAUGACGAAUUAAGUUUUAGAAAGGGCCAAGUUUUAAAAGUCCUUAAUAUGGAAGAUGAUAUGAAUUGGUAUAGAGCAGAACUGGAUGGGAAGGAAGGAUUAAUACCUAGUAAUUACAUUGAAAUGAAAAAACAUGAUUGGUAUUAUGGCAGAAUAACUAGAGCCGAUGCAGAAAAACUGCUGCUGAACAAACAUGAGGGUGCUUUCUUGAUUCGAGUCAGUGAAAGCUCACCUGGGGACUUCUCCCUAUCUGUGAAAUGUGGAGAUGCUGUCCAGCAUUUUAAAGUAUUGCGGGAUACUCAAGGGAAGUUCUUUCUGUGGGUAGUGAAAUUUAAUUCGCUCAAUGAGCUAGUAGAAUACCAUAGGUCUGCCUCUGUUAGUCGUUCCCAGGACAUUAAACUCAAAGACAUGCAUCCAGAAGAAUUUUUGGUUCAAGCCAUGUAUGAUUUCCAUCCACAAGAAGCAGGAGAAUUGGAGUUCCGUCGAGGAGACAUCAUCACCGUGAUGGACCGAUCAGAUCAAAAUUGGUGGGAAGGAGAGAUCGGCUCCAGGCGGGGUUAUUUUCCAGCCACCUAUGUUGUCCCCUACCAUUCUUAAAUAUUGCCCUUUUAGCUUAGGACUUUUUUUCUUUCUGUAAAUAAUUGAGUGGUAAUCUCAACAAACCUAAGAUAGUAACUUUUGUCCUAGUUGUUACUAAUUGUAUUGCUAAUAUAGACAAGUUUCUUUUGCAGUUCAGCUGACAUCUUGUUUGAUGGAUAUAAUACCAUUUUGGCUUGUUAUGUUCCCAAAAUAUACUUAAACCUUUGCUUUUCCCCAUUUUAUUAUCAACCACCUCAAAGCUUGAGUGUAAAGUUACAAGAUGCUCUUGCUGACUGUGUAAUAUGUCAUGUUUUUAUAUUUUGCAUAAUACAAGGUUCGUAGAUUAUGCCUUUUUAUUUCUUUUAAUUGUGUAAAAGCAUUUAAUUUUUAAAGGAAAAAUAUAUCUUUAUAACCAUGUAAAAUUGAUGUCAAACAAAUACUGUGUUGGUGAUUGUUAAUUGUUUUUCUGAAAAUGAUUUUGUGAUUACUGUAACUAACUUAUGUGCAUUUUUUUCAAUGGCUGCUGUCAUGGCAACAGCAUCCCCACCCUUUUGUUAUGCAGGGUUUUCCUCAAUGCAUUAGCAUUUUGUCUAUUGAUAGAUCUUCAUACAAUUAUGAUAUCACGUUUUGAACUUCAUUAAUUUACAAAUUCCAAAUGUCAAAUAUUAUUUACCUCUGUUUGUGAUGAGAAAACAUGGAAUACAUAUAUCAUUUUAUGUCACUUCCCAAGCUGAAAAUUUUGAAUCAAUUUUUGCAAUUUGUUUUCCCAUUUAAAAAAAAAUGGUAAAGUUCUUGUCAGAAAUUUGCAGUGCAAAUUCAAAUAUAAAAACUUAUGAAUGCCAUGUAAGAUUGGUGUGAAAUAUUUUGAAAUAAAUCCCAGUGAGAAUUGAAAAUUAAUUUUAUGUAACAUUUUUUUCCCCCUGCUCCUUUUCUGUAAAAUCUAUAUGGCACAAAAACUGCUUAAUAAUUGAGAAAAUUGGAAUGUACUUCUUUAUGCAUGAUAGUGAAAACCAGUGGAAGUAUUAUCUCCUCUCCUUUCUCAUAUUCUAACAUGAUUGUUGCUCGCUUGAAGUAUGUGGUCACAGUUUCGGCAGUGGGAGUGUUCUCCCUAACUUUUGAAUAUACUGACAAAAUACGAUGCAUUUUAUAUAUCAUAGUACAUGGAAUUGAACCGAGUAUACAUGACUUAUAUAAUCCAAAAUUUGAACAGAUUUAAUCUCAAAGUCAUAUGCUAUUAAUUUGCUUAAGUUGGUGCGUCAUUAAAUUAACUUAUUCAUAUGCUCGCAAAUAAACAGACCACCUGAUAGUUAAUCAUUGACAAAUUUGAUCCAAAAUGUGAUACUUCUACAAUAUUAAGGAUAAAACCAUAUUUUAAAUCUUAGUAUAUUGUAUAUCAUAUAUUUAAUACAAAUAAUUUCUUUUAACUUAUUCUUGCAAAUUAAAUUAAUUUUGAACUUGACUGUAGGUCAUUUAUUGUUUUAGAAAUGGCAUCCUUGGGUCUCCUGUUCCCUUCCUCCUUUAAGUAAAAUUCAUAAGUAGUACAAUAGUUUUAAGUUUGUUUAAGGAAAUUCAUAAUUAUCUGUGCAUUUUAGUUUUAAAUUCUAUGAUUGUAUGAAAAAAUGCUUAUUUAGAAUGAAUAGAAAUUUUCGAAUUUACCGGUUUAAUUGUUUAGAUGAUAUCUGCCUUCUACAGCAUUUGAUUAUUUACAUGAAAAUGAAGUUUUAAGACUGUAGAUAUGAAAUAUUUUUAAGUAUUAUAGUUUAUUAAGUUUUCAGAACAUCCUCAGAUUAGAAAACUUAAUACUUGUUUUAGUGUACACUCUAAAGCAUUAAAUCAAAUAAAUGAUUCUGGGACUAACAUAUAGAUCUCAUUAGGUCAAAAAACAAAUCUCUGUUUGAAAUGUCCUAUUCUUUUAAGUUCUUGAAUGUACUUAAAAUGGUGCCUUGUAUAAUGUAUUAUUUAUUUAUACAUCAAUUUUAGCCUUAUCAGUUAUGCAUGACUGUUUAUCAAUGACUGGAAAGUUAAAUUGCCAUAGAUAUAUAAAUUUUGAAAUUUCCUUAAAAUACUUAACAUUUUCCUUUCAUUAUUAUUAUUAUUUUUUUUUAUCUCAGUGGUUUUUUUUUUUUUUUUCUUUCUUUCUUUCUUUCUUUCCCCUUUUCCGAUUUUUAUCAAUUUAUGGUACUGAUUUUUAUGGAAUGAUUUACCAGUUAAUGAGUGGAAUGCUGCCAUGUGCUGAAUUAUUUGAUUCAAAAGAUUAAAUUCAUAAAAUUAUAGUACUCGAAAUUGUCUUAUCAUAUUACCAUAGUUAUAAUAACAUUUUUGUUUUUAAAAUUAAUUUUUACUGGUGUGAUAGUAUUUUGUUCAGCUAUAAGCAGUUAUUUUGUAGAUUUAGUAUUGGAACAAGUAUUAUUUAAAUUGGUAAAUUUGUUUUUACUGCCCUAAAAUUCUUUAUUUAGUAUUGAUUUGAUUUUAUUCCGUGUAUCCAAAAAAUUAUGUUGGUAAAAAUUAUAAGCUUUCAGAAUUUUAACAUUUAUAUAUAUAAUAUAAAAUCUUACAUUUUACACUCUUCUAAUGUUUAUGAUUGUGCAUUAAAGAAUUAGAACUACGUAUUCUUUUAUUUUAGCUGUGUAUAAAUUUGUAAAUCAUUUUAUGAUUUAUCACAUGUCAGAAAUCAUAGUCUGCAUUGUGUUUAUUAGAGUGCCAAAUAUUUGUUUCAAAUAACUUUUAAAAGAAUAUUUAAAAUACAAAACCAUUUUGUAGUAUUAUUCUUAAAGAAAAGGAUUCUUAUUGCAGCAAUAAGUGUAUUAUUUAUUUAAAGUAUUAUUUUUAUAUCCAAAAUACUCAAGUUACAAGUUUUCCUCGGAAAAAUAUUGGAGGCCCUGAUAAAAUAGGUUUAUUUUUCAUUAAUUUAUCUUGGUAUAACAGCAUGGAGAUUUUAUAUUUCAUAUAUGUGUUUUCCUUCUCUGUAUUUCUGAGUGAAAUAUAAAAUGAACUGUUUGGAAACAAUUCAUGUUAUGUAAUCUCUUUUGUCAUACAUUUCAUCUGAAUACAGUAUAUUGUUUUCUUUUGGAGAGUAUUGCUGGCAUUAACUGAAGAACUUCUGGACUGCUUUUUAAAGACUAAGAUUUUUUAUAUCUUAUGCACAUAAGCUCUUUAAAGCUUGAGCUUAUAAAGAAACUGUGUUCAUUUGUUUUUGAAGUUUUGUAUAUUAUUUAUGUAAUUACCUAUAGUAAUCUCACAAUAUAAUUCUUGAUUUACAUUGAAAAAAUCAUGAGAAUUGUUUCCUCAACUUUUUUAGUGGUUUUUAAAUUGAUAUAUAUAUUAAGUUGGUCAUAUCUCAAAAAGAAUCUUGUAAUUUUGAAAUAUUGUCUUAUGCAAUUGACUCAUUUUGACCAAAGUUUGAUAUUUAUCAAGAAUUUUGUUAAGCAGUUAAAUCAAAUUUCAUUUAUAUAAUUUAUUGUGGUUUGAAUUAACCUUCUCGCAUACAACUCGGGUAAUUAUUUGAAAAUUGGUUUUUUUCUUGUAUUUAUUUAUAGAUUAUAUUUUUAUGAAUCAUGAUUCAAUUUCUUUGAAAUGUUCACAAAUAAAACAACAUUUUGAUGUUAAAAUUUGAUGCAACCAAAAAUUAAUUCUAAAACUCUGAAAUGUCUUAGAUUGUGGGAUUUCUAAUUUUUAUUUUAACAUGGUUUCAAAUAAAUAAAUUGUAAUAUUGCUAAUUAUGUAAUAUUUUCAUGCCUAUUUUGUAAUAUAUGAGUGUGAUUUGAUGUGCAAGAAUUAUUUCAGAUUGGAAUGAAAAUAAAAGUUUUCAUUUAAGUGAUUAAUGUGCAUCUGUUAAGACAGAUUGUUAGUUAUUGUGAUUUGAUUUGUCAUUUUUUUUUUUUUUUUCUUUUUCUCCUAUGGCUCCUUUUGUAGUAAUUUAAAAUGUGACUGCUUGCAUUCUGGAAAGCGUAAAUGCCUCAUUUAAGAGUAAAUAUAUUUUACAUAAAAUUGUAAAAUAUUUGUCUGCCAAAAGUACACAUUUUUUACAAAUACCUAAGCUUCACUCGGAAGUGGAUUUCUUUGUAUGAUAGUAACCAAAACUAUUUCAAUAUUUGUGAUUUGAAAAUGCAUAAUAAAACUUAAUGUUUCAUGAAUAACUUUGAA